UAUGGAUACCAAAAGAUGAGUUUUUUCUUUUGGUGGGGAUUAUGGACGAUGACGGAGAGUGCGUGUCGCUGCCAUCGGGGCCGGACGCGAAGAAGAGACGAGUGAGCUACUUCUACGAGCCGAGCAUAGGGGAGUACAACUACGGGCAGGAGCAUCCAAUGCAGCCCCACAGGAUCCGGAUGGCCCACAACCUGAUCGUACAAUACGAGCUCCACCGUCGGAUGGAGAUAAACCGGCCAUUUCCAGCGGGGCCCGCCGAUAUCAGGCAGUUCCACUCGCAUGAGUACGUGGACUUCCUAGCCUCCGUCACGCCGGAGACCCUCACCGACCCGGUCUUCUCGCGCCACCUCAAGCGCUUCAAUAUCGGCGAGGACUGUCCGGUCUUCGACGGCCUCUUCGGCUUCUGCCAGGCCUCCGCCGGCGGCUCCAUCGGCUCUGCCGUCAAGCUCAACCGCGGAGACGCCGACAUCGCCCUCAACUGGGCCGGCGGCCUCCACCACGCUAAGAAGGCCGAGGCCUCCGGCUUCUGCUACGUCAACGACAUCGUGCUCGGCAUUCUCGAGCUUCUCAAAGUUCACAGGCGUGUACUCUACGUGGAUAUUGAUGUUCACCAUGGAGAUGGGGUUGAGAAGGCAUUUUACGCCACUAACAGAGUCAUGACGUUGUCCUUCCAUAAAUUUGGGGAUUUCUUUCCGGGGACGGGGCACAUUAAGAACACAGGGCGCGGGACUGGGAAGAACUAUGCCCUGAAUGUCCCUUUAAAUGAUGGAAUAGACGAUGAGAGUUUCCGUCGUCUGUUUCGGCCAAUCAUUCAAAAAGUCAUGGAGAUCUAUCAGCCGGAUGCGGUUGUUCUUCAAUGUGGAGCAGAUUCGUUGUCUGGUGACAAGUUGGGGUGCUUCAACUUGUCUGUGAAGGGCCAUGCCGAUUGCCUUCAUUUUCUUAGAUCUUUCAACGUGCCUCUCAUGGUCUUGGGUGGUGGAGGGUAUACAAUCCCCAAUGUUGCCCGGUGCUGGUGCUACGAGACAGCAGUUGCAGUCGGAGUGGAGCCUGAUAAUAAAUUGCCUCACAAUGAAUAUUAUGAGUAUUUUGGCCCAGAUUAUACUCUUCACGUUGAACCAUGCAACAUGAAGAAUCUAAACUCACUCAAAUAUAUGGAGAAAAUAAGGAAUACGCUGCUAGAGCAACUUUCAAGAAUACCACAUGUACCUAGUGUACCUUUUCAGGCAACACCACCCACCACACAAGUCCCGGAAGAGGCAGAAGAGGACAUGGAUCAAAGGCGAAAACCUUGCAUGUGGAAUGAGAUGACCCCAAAGCUUAGCAAUGCCUCCAUCUCUAAGGUGAGUGCUCGAGUCCCAGAAGGCAUGGAGCCCUCGACGAGCAAGAGGUUUAAGGCUUCUCUUGAAGGCAAUUGGGGGAGAAUGGGUCUUCCUCAGGCAAGGAAAGGAAAGAGGGCAAGCUUCGACCCACUCGACAAGAGUUUCAAGGCUUCUCUUCUGUCCUCCAAAUCUAAAGACAAUCAGGGGAGAAUGUGUCUUUCCCGGGCGAGGAAAGAAAAGGGGGCAACCUUUGACCAACCCGAAGACUCAUCUUCUGAGUUCAAUCUGGAUCAACUUGCCACCCAGCCUUCUUUAGGGAUGCUGUCAGACAUUGUUCCUCCGGACAGACGGGGAGAGAUCUUCAAGGAUCCGGUAAUGGCGCUUACUAGGCUCUUUACUGAGGACGAUUUGGAGGAAAAGAAUAAGUUGUUCGGGAUCCUUAGCGAGGAGCUUUGCCAUUCUCUUGUAGGGGCGGUGUUAUAUGCUCUUGCACUCAAUAGGGAGCAUAAGAGGCUAGGCAUGAUCAUGAAGGAUCUCCAGAAGACAAGGAAAGGAACAAGAGUGGCCUUUGACCAGCCCGAAGACUCAUCUGUAGAGUUUGAUCAUCAACUUGCCACCCAGCCUUCUUCAGGGAUGUCGUCUGACAUUGGUCUUUUAGAUAGACAGGGAGAGAUCUUCAAGGAUCCAGUAACAGCGCUUAACAGGCUCUUUCCCGAGGACUACUUGGAGGAAAAGAGUAAGGAGUCAUUUGAGAUCCUUAGCGAGGGGCUUUGCCAUUUUCUUACCCGGAUGGUGUUAUAUGUUGUGGCUUCCAUUAGGGAGCAGAAGAGGCUGAGCACGAUCAUGAGGGAUCUCCAGGGAGCAAGGAAAGGAAAGGGGGUGGCCUUCGACCAGCCUAAAGACUCAUCUCCUGAGUUUGAUCUGGGUCAGCAUUACACCUUGCCGUCUUUGGGGAUGCCAUCUGAAAUUGGUCCUUCGGAUAGACGGAGAGAGAUCUUCAAGGAUCCAAUAACAGCGCUUAGCAGGCUCUUUCCUGAGGACUAUUUGGAGGAAAAGAGCAAGGAGUCAUUCGGGAACCUUAGCGAGGAGCUUUGCCAUUUUCUUGCUCGGAUGGUGUUAUAUGUUGUGGCUUUCAUUAGGCAGCGAAAGAGGCUUGACACAAUCAUGAGGGAUCUCCAAGAGGAGAGGAAAGGAAAGGGGGUGGCCUUUGACCAGCCCAAAGACUCGUAUUUUAAGUAUGAUCUGGAUCAGCCUGCCACCCAACCUUCUUCGUGGAUGUCGUCUGACAUUGGUCCUUUGAACAGACGGGGAAAGAUCUUCAAGGAUCCAACAAUGGUGCUUAGCAGGCUCUUUCCCGAUGACUGUUUGGAGGAAAUGAGCAAGGAGUCGUUCGGGAUCCUUAGCGAGGCGCUUUGCCAUUCUCUCGUCGAGGUAGUGUCAUAUGCUUUGUCUCUCAUUAGGGAGUGGAAGAGGCUGGAGAAGAUCAUGAGAGAUCUCCAAGUGGAGAACAUGUACCUUAAGCCGGAUCAACGAUGGUUGGAGAACUCGCACAAGCUCUGUCGGAGAGUGCUGGACAAGGAGAAGAAAGAGCACAAGGUUAGGGACCAGAGGCUUUCAAAUGCGCUUGAGGCCACUCAAGCCAAGCUUGAGGAGGCUCGGGGCCAACUGAGGAGGAUUGGGGGAGACAACUCAAUUGAACUCGAGGCCUUUAAGCGCGAGUUUCUAUUAGAGAAGUGCAUGUUUGCUUGGUUGGCCGAGGUGGAUAAGAAUUUUGAGGCUCUUCAAGCCCUUCAGGAUGAGCUGGAGGCCAAGAAGUGUGAGCUUGAGACGGUUUGGGAGGAGCUGAUGUCUGAGAAGGUUAAGUUCGACAACCUUGUGUCGGCCUGGACUGUCUUUGAGGUUGCUUGGGCUAAGUUGGAGGCAACUCUUUUAAUAUUGCCCUCCUAAGUUUGGUAGCGUGUCAAUAGUUUAUAGGUAGAUAAUAUUUAUUUUCUAAGUUCUUAGUUAAGUUUAGUAAACCAACAAUUGGAGUUUAGAACUUAUAGAUGACUAAUUAAGAUAUAAAUAGAUGUUUUAAAAUAGGUUUGGUGAUAUAUAGAACUUAUAGAUGACUAAUUAAGAUAUAAAUAGAUGUUUUAAAAUAGGUUUGGUGAUAUAUAGGAAUUGAUAAUCAUUUUGGCCUGUUUGGAUGCA